GUGUUUUACUGCGCACCAUAAGUGGAAUCAUGGGUGCAAGUGCCAUAGACCGAAGGUCGAGAACCGUUGAGUACCGCCUUGGCUACGCUAAGUCCCAUCGCCGAACCAUCGCCGACGGGCGUUGGAGAAUCAGACCACUUCGUCACCAAGCACCACAAAAACAUUGCGCCAAACGGCUCUUGUCUCUUCCUUCACUGAGUGCUAAUUCAAACGCAGUACACAUCCACAAUGAACACAGUCAAAUCAGUAUACUAUGGCUGGGGCACCUUGAUCCUUGCGGGCGGCGGCGCGUACUACUUCGCAAAGCGUUCCAUCAACGAAGACCGUGCCCGCAAAGCCGACAUCGAGGCCCAGAAGCGGCUCGCGCAGUACCAGCUUGAGCAAGCAUACAGCCAGCAGUCCGCACCCGCACCUAAGCCGACGCCAAAAAGCAUGCCCGCGUACGCCGGAAAGCCAUACACAGGACCAGCGCGAGGGAAGCGCGGAGAGAAGGGCGAGGAUAAGGACUGGCAAGCGGGACACGAUGACGCGGGCAACCCGAGCCAGGAGGCGAAUGCCGAUCCCGCGCCGACAAGGCAUGCGCCCGAGGAUGAGGGGCAGAAGAUGAGGGAGAAGAGCAAGUAUGAGGCUAGUGAUGUGUACCGCAGUCGGAGGGGCGAUCGGUUCUCAUAGAGGGCGGUGCAUGGAUUGUCGGGAAAUAGCGUAAAUACGCAGGAUUUGUUCAAAUGGGGAUACAAAAGAGACUGCCGUACACGUUUGAAGCGAGCAGUGGAAAUCUGGAGGGUUGUGGAGGAUUGUACAUUGUUGUACCAUAUUACGAGCUCGGCUGCCGUGGACAGUUCGCGUGGCGAGACUGAUGGAAGAAUCCCACUCUAUUUGCCUUCAUGAAUUCCUGAUUCGAAGCCAAGCCGCCUUCUAGCGACUGACGACGGCCGAAUACACAAGCACCACAUGUACUGAAACCAUGAACUCCAACGCAGUAUAUUCGGG